UAGAGCAAAUAACAACAAAAAUUUUAAAAGUCGUUAAAACAAUGGCCAUUGUCAAGUAUAAUUUCUACGUCGUAUGUGGCCUUUUGGUGGUGAUCAGCCGUUCCUCUGUGGGUCAGUAUGGUGGCGGUGGUAUGGGAUAUUAUCCAUAUCCCUACUAUGGCGGUGGUGGCGGAGGAGGAUGUGGUGGGUACCCUAUGCCCUGCUACUAUCAACCCUACCCUGUGUACAAUAACCCAUGCUACACAAGCGUCUGUUGUGGAUGUGGUGGCGGAGCUGGCUAUGGAAUAGGUGGUGGGAUGGGCGGUGUCAUGGGUAGUGGCCCGGAUGGCGGUAUGGGAGGUGGUGUAGGUGGCUAUCCGUACUACACUAGUGGAUAUCCUUACUACGGAAACACCUUGAUGUUUUGGACAUGUUACUUUUUAUAGGUGGUACAUUGUAUGCUGCUUCCAAUGUCCUGAAUUAUGCAACUUCUACCGCCUCCACUGCUGGAGGAUACUUCGGUUAAAGCUGUCUAUAAACUUAGAAAUUUCUCAUACCACACAUUCAAAUGCCAUCAUUUCUCGUUAUACAUUUUUUAUAGCUGUGAUUUUAAGUACAUCAACACUUUCGUGCUACCAAUCCUCGAUUAUGGUUUCGUCCACCGAAUGCAUCAAACACCAUCAUAUUUCAUCCAUAAUUAACCAAUUUCUUAAAUAAAUACAAGUAAAUGGUGAUACAUAGUUAAAUUAGUUAGAACCAACAAAUUUUCCCAUGAACACUCCAUUAAGGAACAGGCGCAAACUUCUGACAUAUCAAUGAGUGCUGUCCGAUUCAAGCUCAAACUCAAUGAUAACGGGCCUCCUUUUUAUAGCCGAGUCCGAACGACGUGCCGCAGUGCGAGACCCCUUUGGGGAGAAGUUUUCAAAAUUUCAACUAAAUUAGUUAUAAAGGAAAAUAUUAUAAGUAU